CGGGCUCUGCUGUCGCAGAGAUAAGGCAGAUAAGGGCUCUGACUGUCGCUAGUUUCACGCUCUGAAAAGCAUUUUAGAAAUAGGGUUAAGCGGGAGGGGAAAACGCUGUUUUUUCACAUUUUUAAAAGACACUGGACUAUAGGAUAUAGUGCACUACGGUGCUAGUCCCAUAGGUGACAGCAAUGCAACUUUUUGGAUGCCGGCUGUCGUAAAACCCCAAAGAAGAAGAAGAAGAAUUUUCACGCUGCUGCUGCUGAAUUUACGAGUCGGCUGGAGGCUGACUGGAGGGCGCUGCUCAAAAAUCGCCUCGCUCCGUGUACCUGUCUGUCCUCUUAUUUGUCGUUGGUUUGUAUACAAUAUCAAACGAACAUGGAGGGACAUACACAUAACUCCGUCUCCUCCAGAAACGAGAGAAAAGCACUCGAAAGGACCAGAAUUGUGCAACGAGAGAAAGAGCGAAAAACACUGAAAACGAUAUCAGACAUUUUGAAGAAAGAAGAUGGUGAACGCACUGAAAUGGAUCUGGCAGCUUUACAGCAGCACCAAGACAUUGUGCAAGAAUUGUGCAAACGCCAAAUCCAGAGGACCUUGGUGAAGAGAAAGCAAGAUGAGUUGUUCGAUGAUGAUGAGGAGCUGAGAUUUAAGGUGAAACAGCUAGCAGAGGCAUUACGAACAUCCCAAAACCUGGUCAUUUAUACUGGAGCUGGCAUCAGCACGGCUGCAUCAAUUCCAGACUACCGUGGGCCUAAUGGUGUCUGGACAAAGUUGAAGAGGGGUCUGCCAGUGAGAGUGGCAGAUUUGAGUCAAGCUGAGCCCACUUUCACACACAUGUGCAUCAAGAUGUUGCAUAAAGAAAAACUGGUUCAGCAAGUGGUCUCUCAAAACUGUGAUGGACUCCACCUAAGAAGUGGACUCCCCAGGCAAAACCUCUCUGAGCUACAUGGAAACAUGUUCAUAGAGGUGUGUAUGACUUGCAUCCCAGUGAGGGAGUACAUACGUCUCUUUGAUGUAACAGAGCGCACAGCUGUACACAGGCAUAUAACUGGGCGACAAUGUUGUCAUUGUGGAGGAGAUCUUAGGGACACUAUUGUGCACUUUGGAGAACGAGGCACCCUGGACCAACCGCUUAACUGGAAGGGAGCUAUAGAGGCAGCUGAACGCUCUGAUAACAUCCUUUGUUUGGGCUCAAGCCUUAAGGUGCUGAAGAAAUAUCCACGCCUCUGGUGUAUGAACAGACCUGCUAAUAAGAGACCAAGACUCUACAUUGUCAACUUGCAGUGGACACCUAAAGAUGAUUUGGCCACUUUGAAAAUCCAUGGGAAGUGCGAUGAUGUGAUGUCACUAUUGAUGGAGGAGCUAAACAUUAAAGCACCAGCCUACAAUAGAGCGGAAGACCCAAUCUUCAAUAUGGCUACAACUCUUCAGCCAAAGGAGGAGGCCAGUCACACACGGAAAUUGUUAUUGCCACCUUCUGCUGUUGACACUGGUCAUCCAGAAUUCAGUGGCCAUGUAGAAGGGACAGAAGGGACACAAGGAGGCUGGUUUGGACGAGGUUGCAACAAGGGACGAAAGAAAUAACACAUGGUGGAUUUAAGACGAAAUGUAGAUUAAUGUGGCGAAAUGGCACCGUUUUGUAGUAUUUGUCAUUUUACCUUAGUAUUGUACUCCAUUGUCAUUCUCUUGCUGGGCAAGUCUGUUGCCUUUACCAUUCAUGCUUACACAAUUUCUUUGUCUUCAUUAAAACUUAUUUGUGCAUCAAGUUUUAUUUUCAAGAGACUUACCAAAGAAAUACCAUUUUGUUUUGGGGCUUGUUUAGAGAUUGUUUUCCCUUCUGUUACCUUGCAAGGUUAUCAUCCAAGCAUUCACUCAUAUCAUUGUUAGGAUAUGUUCAGUGCUGAAUUACUCUAUGUCUCAAAGGAACUAUACAGUGAUGGCCAGUUGUUUGGACCUUUCCAAGAAAAACUAAAAAUCCUCAUUUUUUUUCUUAGAAAUAAUCUGAAACAAUCAUUAUAGGAGAUUGAGACAAAUUGACGAGUGUGAUUUAUUUUCGCGGAAAGGAUGUACAGGACUGAGUAGCGGUCAUGCGUUAUGUGGUACUAUCUAGUAUCUAGUUGUUUAAUGUCAUGUUUAAUACAAUUUAGACCUUACUCUUGACUCAAAUAAUAUUUUUGAUAAUAAAACAAAUGAAAAUGUCAUGUA